CGGAGCGGGAGCGGCGGCGGCGGCGGCAUUGUGCGCGCUCCAGCAGCCCGGCCGGGAGGAGAGGACGCCGGGCCGCCGCCUCCCGCGGUCGGUCGGACCCAUGCACCAGCCGGGCGGCGCGGCGGCUCCGCAGGCUGACGGAGCCAGUGCUGCUGGACGGAAAAGCACGGCGAGCAGGGAGCGCUUGAAGCGCAGCCAGAAGAGCGCCAAGGUGGAGGGGCCGGAGCCCGGGCCGGCCGAGGCCUCGCUGAGUGCCGAGCAGGGAACGAUGACGGAGGUGAAGGUGAAGACGGAGGUGCCCGACGACUACAUCCAGGAGGUGAUCUGGCAGGGCGAGGCCAAGGAGGAAGGAAAGGCGGUCAGCAAGGACGGGACCGGCGAUGUGCCCGCCGAGAUCUGCGUGGUGAUCGGUGGUGUCCGCAACCAGCAGACCCUCGGGUCCUACGAGUGUGGAAUCUGUGGCAAGAAGUACAAGUAUUACAACUGUUUCCAGACCCAUGUACGCGCACACCGAGACACUGAAGCCACCUCAGGGGAGGGAGCCUCCCAAGGCAACAAUUUCAGGUACACGUGCGACAUCUGCGGCAAGAAGUACAAGUACUACAGCUGCUUCCAGGAGCACCGAGACCUGCACGCGGUGGAUGUGUUCAGUGUGGAAGGAGCCCCCGAGAACCGGGCAGACCCCUUCGACCAAGGCGUCGUGGCCGCUGAAGAGGUGAAGGAGGAACCCCCGGAACCAUUCCAGAAAAUUGGGCCAAUGAACAAUAUUACAUCAGAAAUUUUUAAGAAGAAAGAAGUUAGGCAGACCCAAAAGAGAGAAACCGGCAACUACACCUGUGAAUUCUGCGGGAAGCAGUACAAGUACUACACACCCUACCAGGAGCACGUGGCCUUACACGCCCCCAUCAGUACCGCCCCCGGGUGGGAGCCGCCGGAUGAUCCAGACACAGGCUCUGAGUGCUCGCAUCCAGAGGUCUCCCCGUCUCCACGCUUCGUGGCCGCGAAGACCCAGACGAACCAGUCGGGGAAAAAGGCCUCGGCCUCCGUGGUCCGAUGCUCCACCCUCUUACACCGCACUCCUCCAGCCACCCAAACCCAGCCGUUCCGCACUCCAAAUUCAGGAUCGCCAGCCAACAAGGCAACCUCAGCAGAAAGCGCUUUCAGCCGGAGAGUAGAGAGCAAAGCACAAAACCACUUUGAAGAGACGAACAGCAGUUCCCAGAACUCCAGCGAAACGGCAAGUCCCCUGAUUUCCAAUACUUUCCCUCUCCUACAGAAACCCUACACGUGCGGCGCCUGUGGGAUCCAGUUCCAGUUCUACAACAACCUGCUGGAGCACAUGCAGUCCCACGCGGCGGACAAUGAGAACAACAUCACCUCGAACCAGUCCCGGUCGCCCCCUGCUGUUGUGGAGGAGAAGUGGAAGCCCCCUGCCCAGAGGAACAGUGCCAACAACACCGCGGCCAGUGGUCUGCCGUCCAACAGCCUCAUCCCCGAGAAGGAGCGGCAGAACAUCGCCGAGCGGCUGCUGCGGGUCAUGUGCGCUGACCUGGGAGCGCUGAGCGUGGUGAGCGGGAAGGAGUUCCUGAAGCUGGCCCAGACGCUGGUGGACAGCGGCGCCCGCUACGGGGCCUUCUCCGUCACCGAGAUCCUGGGCAACUUCAACACGCUGGCGCUGAAGCACCUGCCGCGCAUGUACAACCAGGUGAAGGUGAAGGUGACGUGCGCCCUGGGCAGCAACGCCUGCCUGGGCAUCGGCGUCACCUGCCACUCGCAGAGCGUGGGGCCCGACUCCUGCUACAUCCUCACCGCCUACCAGGCCGAGGGCAACCACAUCAAGAGCUACGUGCUGGGCGUGAAGGGGGCGGACAUCCGCGACAGCGGCGACCUGGUGCACCACUGGGUGCAGAACGUGCUGUCGGAGUUCGUGAUGUCGGAGAUCAGGACGGUGUACGUGACGGACUGCCGGGUGAGCGCCUCCGCCUUCUCCAAGGCCGGCAUGUGCCUCCGCUGCUCGGCCUGCGCCUUGAACUCGGUGGUGCAGAGCGUGCUGAGCAAGCGGACGCUGCAGGCGCGCAGCAUGCACGAGGUCAUCGAGCUGCUCAACGUGUGCGAGGACCUGGCGGGCUCCACGGGCCUGGCCAAGGAGACCUUCGGGUCGCUGGAGGAGACCUCGCCGCCGCCCUGCUGGAACUCGGUCACGGACUCGCUGCUGCUGGUGCACGAGCGCUACGAGCAGAUCUGCGAGUUCUACAGCCGGGCCAAGAAGAUGAACCUCAUCCAGAGCCUCAACAAGCACCUGCUCAGCAACCUGGCGGCCAUCCUGACGCCCGUGAAGCAGGCCGUCAUCGAGCUGAGCAACGAGAGCCAGCCCACCCUGCAGCUGGUGCUGCCCACCUACGUGCGGCUGGAGAAGCUGUUCACGGCCAAGGCCAACGACGCGGGCACCGUCAGCAAGCUGUGCCACCUCUUCCUGGAGGCCCUCAAGGAGAACUUCAAGGUGCACCCGGCGCACAAGGUGGCCAUGAUCCUGGACCCGCAGCAGAAGCUGCGGCCCGUCCCGCCCUACCAGCACGAGGAGAUCAUCGGCAAGGUGUGCGAGCUCAUCAACGAGGUCAAGGAGUCCUGGGCGGAGGAGGCCGACUUCGAGCCCGCCGCCAAGAAGCCGCGCUCCGCAGCCGCCGCCGCUGCCGCCGCUGCCGCCGGCGGCGGCGAGAACCCCGCCGCUCCGGACGGCGACCGGCUGGGCAAGAGCGAGGUGUACGACUACCUGCAGGAGCCCCUCUUCCAGGCCACCCCCGACCUCUUCCAGUACUGGUCGUGCGUCACCCAGAAGCACACGAAACUGGCCCGGCUGGCCUUCUGGCUCCUCGCCGUCCCGGCCGUGGGGGCCCGGAGCGGGUGCGUGAAUAUGUGCGAGCAGGCGCUCCUCAUCAAGAGGCGGCGGCUGCUCAGCCCGGAGGAUAUGAACAAACUCAUGUUCCUGAAGUCCAACAUGCUCUAAGGCUUCCGCGUCCGGACCGAGAGGAGCGCGAAAGAGAACACGGUAGGGAAAAUGGAUACGCAACACUGUCGCCAACAAAGGAAAGGAAUUUAUGUUCUAAACACUGUGGACCUCAUUAUCAACGCGCCCCCCCCCUGCCCCCCGCCCCCGGGAACUUAAGUGCUUUUUUUCAGUGUGUGUGUACACACACACACACACACACACACACACACACACGUGUGUGUGUGUGGGUGCGAGGCCCCUUGGCUCCUCGGCGUGGCCACUGUAGCUUCGCGCGCACACGUGCACACACGUGCACACACAUACCACCCUGGUGCAUGCCCACGCCUGCUCGUGGGCGCGUGUGCAUGAAACCGGGCGUGUGGGGGAAAGCCGAGCGUGUGGAAAGGGAGGACGCGCUCACCUCGUUUCCUCGGCGAGGGGCUUUGAAGACUCCGCUUUCAGGUGUGCAGGUGGGUAGGACGCUGACGUUGCAAAAGUGUUCGGGCAGCUGAGAUCUGAAGUGACUUGACGCUCUCUGUCCUCAGCCCACGGUCCCUCUUCUCCCUGCGUGCCCCUCCCCCCAGCCCUCCUCACCCUCAUGCACCCUCCCCAGGCUGCCCUGCGCUGGAUUCUCCACACGGCAUCAGAUGGACAGUUUCUGCACUGGACUUCGUUCUUGUUCACCUUCAGGGCAUUGAGCGGCUGCCUCCGGGGUGACACGGGGCAGCCGCCUUAGAAACACACCUAUCUCUCUCCCCAAAUCAGGAAAGGAGACUUUAAGCAUAGAAAGCUGACGUUUUGGCUUUUUAAUAUAAGAAAGAAAGAAAGAAAGAAGAAGAAAAAAAAAAAGAGACGUAUUUCAGAGAAGUAUAGACACUAUGUCCACUCCUUAAUUCUCUUCCUCACAUUUUAGCCGUUUUUACCUUUCUGUUUUUUUAUUCCCAAGUUUGAUUUAGGCUCUGCUAGGAGGCACUGAAUGUCUAUAACUUAUGUUUUGAAGGUUUUUUUGUUUGUUUGUUUGUUUUAGUUGCCUUUUUUGUUCCUCAAGUCACACUGUAAACUAGCUCAUCUCAGUGGUAUAUGCGCUCUCCUAAGGUUUUCACCGGCCUUCGCUGUACUGUCCCAUGUCUGUGCGUUGGAACAGCCGAGACCACGCUUGUCUGUGCUGCGUGGAGACCGGGAGGGGGCUGGAGUCGCAGGUCCCCGGGGUGGGGCUCGGUGGAAGCCAUGGGGACGCCUGUGGUUGAGGACUGCUCCUGAAUGUAAGGGAAGGCCCGCCCUCCCGGCUCGCCGCGCCCCGGUACCGCGAAUGUCCGACUUGUAUACCCAGAGUGCAUUACACUACUCGCCACGUCACUGACACUCUCAGCUCAGCAGGGACGCCUGAGCUGAUCCACGUCUGUCCACGUCCGACACACCUCAGACCCACCCCCACCCCUCCCCAGGGCCCCAGGGGUUCCGGUGGGCCCAUUGCCCACCGCCCUGGGGUCCCCGCACUCGAGCCUCAGCCCUCCCUCCAGGACAGUAGUUGAGCACGGUGCCUUGUGGGCCAAACGGUUGGUGUAUGGAGGGUGGCAUGGCGUUAGGCCGCUCUGAACUUGAUGCUGUGAACGAUGUCCGUAGGCUUUUCUCUCCACAAGCAGUUCCGUUUCUACACACUCAGUCCAAAUGCCGAGGGGGGCCCCUCCCCUCCCCCCCAUAGCGGUGGUUCCGUCAGGAUCGGCCAUCCGCCCCGGCCCGCCUCUCUGUGAACAGAGUGCCGGUGGUCUCCCGUCCUCCGGUGCCCGUGGCUGUGGCACAGAGAUGGCGACGCCAAGGGCUUCAGGCUGAGGACGGCCACGUGGCUUCCGGAAAGGCACAUCCUACCGUCUCAGGGGCCAGGGCCACCCCUUCCUCCCCAGAAAGCAUUACUCAAUUGCCAGAUACCUCGACUACAGAAAGCACUGUACCCUGCCCGCUCCCAGUCCGGGGGUGGGGGCUGGGCAGGUGACGCUGGUAUAGAAACACUGUCCCCGGGCGCCUCGCCUGCUCACUUCGCCUCAUGAGACCUACCCCUCCGCGUCCUGAUGUACUUCGCGAUGUAUGCGAGGGGGCCGGGGGCACGUUCUCUCCAGCAAGCCACGGCCUCAGCCACCGCCUGCCACGUCCUCGCCCAGAGAAGGGCCAGGUGUCUCCUCACCACGUCUCCAGCUGGGCUCACGCCAUCUGAAGAGCCCCCAUGCGCGCUGGCCGGCCACCUGAUGUCACUUCCCAGGGUGUCUCGGCAGACUUCGGACCGCCGGGGCCUUCCAGGAGGUGUCUGUGGGGGUGCUGAGGAGUGAGCGGUACCUCCAGGUUCCUCCGGCUCCGCUCUGCUCUGCUCCGCUGCCGGGGAGGCUCAGAGCUGCUGCUCCCUUUGUGUGGUCGGUGGAAACGGCCUUGCGGCCCAUCCUUCCUCUCCGUGGAGCGGAGCUGGGUGCUGGUGUUGCCCUGUUUGGAAGUAGGCAUUUCGUGUUCUUGUGAAGCCAUCAGAGACCGAGUCCAGAUGUGCAUUUGGAGUCUUUGGACCACGAGGUGCCAGCCCUCCAGAAUGAAUUCCAGUCUCACCAAAUUCUAGGCACCGAGUCACGUGCCAUCCUCCGUUUUCCAGUUCCUCCGAAGGUUAGUCCUUAGGGCAGUCCCUUAAAGCCGUCUCCUGGGGCUGCCUCGACCACCUGUGGUGACAAGGUGGCAGGUAGCCAUCUCUCUCUCACAGCCGCGGUUCCCCAGAAGCUGGUGUCGCCAACAGCAAAGACGGUGCCCGGGCGCCCCUCCGUCUGCUUCCUCACGCAGGCAAGUCCCCACAGCAGGGCAGAUCCUACUGCCGCCCACCGCUGAAGAACCCAAAGAGCUCACAGGUCCAGCCACUGGCCCCCGGUUUAUAGCAAUAUCCACCUUGUUCAGACUCUAGCUCAGCCAAAGGAUGGGGGUAGGCUCUUCCACUUGAUCUCCAGGCACUGGCCCUGGCGUUGACCUUGGGAAGGGUCUUGUCUCCUGCCUCCUACUCCUCUGACAGCUGUGGGACCUCCCAGCCCCGGCCCUCGGCAGCUGGCAGACCCGGGACCGAAGUUCCCGUCACAUUCUGGGCAGCUCCAGGUGUUCGCCUGCUGACUUGGACACGACUCCUCUCAAGCCAUGUGGUUCCCAGGAUGGAAUGGGUCUUUGCGUUGGCAUACACGGACCCAAGAGGAGACUGUGGAGUUGGCUCUUCCCCUCUGAAGCCAGCUGGCUUCACCACCCAAGCCCAAGCCAAGGACUGUGUCUCGUGGGUGGUCCUCAGAUUUGGAGUAGCGGUGCCAUCCCAGUCAUCGUGAGCAGGUGCUCCUGUCCCAGCAACGUCCUCCCUCCCCUGCGCCUCGGUCAGCCAGCCAGGCCUCCCCCGGGUGGUGGUUAGAAACCAGGAAACACAGGGAGGAGCCACCUGCUGCGUGUGCCUCCAGCCCUCAGAGCGGCUCUUGGCUGGGGGAGAGGCCGGAUGGCACAUCGAGGAGUGUGGGUCUCCAUCCGGGAUCCUAGGAAGGACUGUUGACACCAGGUCCACAGGCUGCCAGGAGUUCUCGCCUUCGGUCUGCUCCUGGGCUUCGCCUUCAAGAAACACCGGAGGGAAGCUGCAGGGCAGAGUUCCACUGCGAAGCCGGGCUUCUGUCCUUGGGGGUCCCCCGUGCUUGCGGGAGGCCGCCUGCCUCCUCCCGGACCUGGACUGGGCUCCUUGGAGAGUGAGUGGGCCCCUGGAGGGAUGUCAGGGAUACAGCGCAUGCUCUCCGGGCUCCAGAGGAUCAUACGGAAGGUUGGAAAUGGAGCUGGGAUGCGGAUGGAGAAGGAGGUGCCGUGAGAAGUGGCCCAGAGGGGACAGUACCUGGAUGUUGUCAUCGUGAUGGACAUGCUUGCAGAGAUGGAAGAGGAAGUGCACAGGGCACGUGGGUGGGCUUCUGCCCCCCUUGAGCUGGACUGAGUUCAUGGCUGGCCCUGGCCUUGGGGACAGGCCAAUGCCUGUGCCCCUGGGAUGUACCUGGAGGAGGCCUCCUAGCCAGGCUGCUGCUUUAGACAGAACCGGGAGUUUGCUAGGGAAGGCUCCGGCUGUCCCCCGGAGACCGGAGAUGAUGGCUCCUGUCCCGGCCCUGCCUGCCCUGGCCCAGCCCCCGGGAUCCACAGGGCCAGCGGGAGCAUUGGGAUGGGUCCGCCCCUCUCUUCACUGUGGCUCAUGUUUGCUAGGCCAGUUAUGGUGAACCAAUGAUGCAGUGUUUUCCCUCUCCUGUUCUCCUCCUGGCUCCCCGCUCAGGAUUUUCUGGAGGAUUUGAUCGUUUCUCUGUGGCUCUCCUUUGGGUUUGAGGAUCGUAGUCAGCAGAGGCCUGCCUCUCCCCAAAGGGCCCUGUGCUCUCCUUGCGAAAAGGCACCUGCUCCCGCGUGGAUGAGGGAGAAGAUCCCGUUGGUCUGUUCAUGUCCCCACCGCCACCGCCACCGCCACCACGGUGUCGCUUUAAAGACUCAACUCCUGUUCUGAGGAGGACCUGCUGGGUUUGCAGUUGGGCGUCAGCAUCGGGCCCGUGAGGGUCCUACCCAUCCACUGGGCACCUUGACUCUUCAAACCAAAGUUCCUCACAGGGGCACCGCCCAGCCUUGACGGCAACCUCAGGGGCCCGGGAUCCGGGGGACGCUUCCUGACGUCCAGGUUGGCAGCGACCUCGGGGUCUGGAAGGAGGGGCUCCUCCCACAACCCAGGUGUCAGCAGCCAGUCCCUGCCGGGGACCCUCCCCCCCCUCCCGCCCAGCCAGGGCGGGUGGGUUCCCAAGCAGUGAGCAAGCUUGUGACCUGGCCUGGGGCAGGGACUCACCAUCCAAGAGACAGAGGGGCCUGCGGGACUGGAGGCUCAGACCCACCAACCACGUGUCCGGGGCCGUUCAGAUCCCAAGCAUCAGGAAACCAUUUUGUACAACCACCUGAAGCAGAGAUAUUUUUUAAAAACGUACCAAUUAUCUUCCGUUCUCUUCUGAUCCUACCUUUCUAUCUUUUCCCCCACAACCUCCUGUCGGUGAUUCUUUCACAUCAGGUAAAUCUUGAGAAGGCCUUGGUGCCCCUCCCUCCCAGGCCCCACCCCCACCCCCCCAUAACCACGUGCGUGCACCCCCAUCCUUUCUCAGUAGUGAAGACGUUCUAGGCAAUACCAUAGGCACAUCUGACUGUGUCUCUCUCUCCGAGUGCAAGAAACUCAAGUCAUCUUAAAAAGAAAAACUACAAACAAAAAAAAUUUACAAAAAAAAAACACAAACACACAAAAAAAAUAUCUUUUUUAGGCCAGAGUUUUCUACAGGUAUUAAUGAAUAUUUUUCUUAAUCCUUAUAAGUUUUAUGUGUUUAAUAUUUCUUAAUACCGGUAGCAUUAAUUUAUACUUUUGUAGCAACACAAUAUUUUUAUAAACAGCCAGUGGCUUGGCUCAAGUCUCCACGAGGGGUUAACGCAGGGCCAUCUUGGGACCCUGUGUACCAUGUACUGUAUUUAAAAAAAAGAAAAAGAAAAAAAAAAAGUUACCUAGUGUCCCCCUUGCUGUAUUAAUGAACAAAAGAGCGUUGUUUGCGAUCUCCUGUGCCGGCGUGGAUCUCACACGCCUGUGGGUCCCACAGCUCUGCACGGGGUCACAUUGCAUGGGGGUUGCGUUGACGGUUCUUGUAUGAUGUGUGAGGGCCACACUCCCCCCCCCCCCCGACCAAACGUGUGGGUUUAUUUAAGGGUUUUCCGUUUGUCCUUUGGGUUUUUUCCAUUUCGACUCUGUUUGGGUCCCUGGAACCGUUUCUCCAUUGACAGCCAAAUCAGUUUCGUGAUGUUUCACACUUGUACUGACGUCACGUGGAGGAAAGGAACGGAAAAAGGCAAGGUUUUUACAAAGGAAUAAAACUCAAAGCUGAGCUGUUUAAAUGUUGCUGUUUUUAACUGUCUGUUCUGGUCCGAAAGUGGGACGUUCCCAGGGAGAAGAGGAAGGUUCCACUUGGUUCCUUAAAUCGCCAAAAGCCCCCCCAGCCCAGAAUUCAGAACCCCUCGACCCCAUCAAUUCUUGCAAUGUUACUUCCCGGUUGGUCGAUGCCAAGGCAAAAGACAUCCUUUUAAUGGUUAGAGGAUCAGUUGCUUAAAUGAUUCCAUGUCGGUGUUGUAUUUAUGGUUUUACAAUAAAACGACCUUUAGGAAGA